UUACUUCCAUACUAUAACAACUAUAAAGAAUAAAAGCAAAAGAUUAUAUAACCUCCAUAUCUGGGUUCAUCAAAAUGACAAUUAUUUGGCAAAAAAUAGUUAAUUUGGAGGGAAUUAAUCUUAUAAAUACCUCAGGUUAUUCCCUCCAUACCAAAAACAAUACAUAAAGAAUCUCUGAUAUUUUCAACAAUGGUGAAAAGGUGUAGUUUGGGUCGCCAAAAGAUUGCAAUGGAGAAAAUUUCAAAGAAAAGUCAUCUACAAGUUACCUUCUCUAAACGUCGUGCCGGACUUUUCAAGAAGGCAAGCGAGCUUUGCACCCUCUGUGGGGUUGAAAUUGCAAUAAUAGUUUUCUCCCCAGCUAACAAGGCAUUUUCAUUUGGCCACCCUGAGGUUGAGUCUAUCCUGGAGAGAUUUCUUGCAAGAAAUCCUCCUCCAACAUCAGGUGCACACCAAAUUAUUGAAGCCCAUCGAAAUGCUAAUGUUCGUGAGCUCAAUGCACAAUUGACUCACAUCCUUAACCAAUUGGAGCAGGAAAGAAAGCAAGCAGAAGAAUUUAAGCAGAUAACAAAAUCUAGCCAAAGCCAUUGUUGGUGGGAAGCUCCUGUUCAUGAUCUUGGGUUGCAUGAACUAGAAACACUGAGGGAUGCAUUGGAAGAGCUUAAGAAGAGUGUUACAAAACAAGCCAACAAGAUUUUGGUUGAGCCUAAGAAUUCUUCACCAUUUCUUGCAGCAAAUGGUAUUGGACAUGUUUCAGAUUAUGAGAGCAAAGUAAAUGAGGUUAAUUUUGCAUCCUCUGCUACUUCUUAUGUCAAAAAUUUUGGUUAUUGAAAUGGGGAUUGUGAAGAGGGGUUACAGACUAGUACCUCACUAGUAAAUUUAAUUAAUGCCCACUAGUUAAUUGUCUUUUUCAAUUUUGGAUUUAAUUACACAAAUCCUUGUUCAUCAUUAUUGAUUGAUAUUCUCAUCAAGUAAUUUUGAUUAAAUUCCAAUAUUAGAAAAUCUUGUUCUGUUAUGUUUGAGAUUAUGUGUUGAUUUAAUUAUAACCUCAUCUUUUUCAAGAAACUGAUAAACAGUAAUGAAUCAUUAAAAGAAAUGAGUAUUGACUUUCCUCUAGCUUUGAGAAUCCAACUGUUAAAAGAUACUCACUUAUGUUGGUAUCCACAUUAUAAUUAUUGCAUUGGCA